AGCCUGUUGUCCAGCUGAAUUGAACUGAACUCUUCCAUUCCAUGGCACAUGGCGCGUCUUUAAUAGCGACUCAAGCCACUGAUUGUCCUGUUGUGUAUCGAAGUACUUGGUGAUUCGAGUGAGUGACAGCCAUGAACUCGCUCAACACCACCUCGGUGUCAUUCGCUGUGACGCCCACUGUCGUCUCGACUUUGUUCUCUCAUUAUUUCAACAGGAAGCCUUUGCGACAACGUCCAACUGCGCAUCUAUCCUACGAUGAAGGUCUCCAUCUGAUCCGAUCAUUCCUCGAGUAUGCAUCACACCACACUGUUGAAGAACUCCAAGCAUUCACCGCGCAAUGGGUGCCGCAUCCUCAAUGGGUCAAAGUCGAAGAUGUCACCAUCGCCGAGGAUCAAUUGACACGCGCCGCUGAAUUUCUUCAGAAACAACUGGGUCUUGACGGUAUCAAGCAAGUCGGCGGCGAGAAGUGGUGGCAAUGGCGGAAACCUGCGACUCCUCUCGACGCGGAAUGGAUUGAGAUGCGCGCAGAUGCCUAUGAGCGAAAGCAAAACGGAGGAAAAACGCGGCGCGUCAUGAUGUAUAUCCAUGGAGGCGCAUACUACUUUGGUAGUGUUGAUGAACAUCGAUAUCAAAUGCAGCGACAUGCUCGAAAGCUCAAAGCACGCGUUUUCGCCCCUCGAUAUCGCCUUUCGCCGCAGUUUCCCUUCCCUUGCGGCCUUCACGAUUGUCUUGCAGCUUACCUUCAUCUGCUUACCGUUCAAGAUCCUACGACUAUUGUCUUGGCUGGAGAUUCUGCAGGCGGCGGAAUGGUCAUGUCUCUUUUGUGUGUUCUACGCGAUCAAGGGCUCCCGUUGCCUGCUGGUGCUAUCCUCAUCAGCCCAUGGGUUGACCUGACACACUCGUUCCCCAGCGUUGCAGGCGAGGCACCUUUUGAUUAUAUACCACAGGCAGGAUUUCACCACAAGCCUUCUAAAGCAUGGCCACCGCCGAACGAGGACGAUGUUGUGAUGUUGAGAGAAGAGGCAUUGAAAAAGAAAAACGAGACAAAGAAGACGCCUGGCAAGCAUGAACUUAAGGAGAAGCAGCAAGCACCAGUUGCAAAGAAAGAACCGUCAGAUGCUUCAUCAAGAUCGGAGUGGAUCAAUGGUGGAAUUCCCAUCAACCCUGAAAAGCUCCUCUCUGUCACCAUUGACGGCCAACUCGUCAAGCUAAAAGAUCAGAUUCAGAUGUAUACCACCAACGAGCUUCUUGCACAUCCUCUUGUCAGCCCAGUCAUGCAACCUACACUAGGUGGCCUCCCUCCACUUCUGAUCAUGGUCGGAGGAGGGGAGAUUCUACGAGAUGAGCAGAUAUACUUGGCUCACAAAUGUGCCAACCCUGAGAAAUAUGCGUCCCCGGAAGAAGCUCUCACCCCAGAAGGAAGAGCUUUGUUGCAAAAGUACAAGCCCACCGAUGUACAACUCCAAGUAUGGGAUGAUCUUUGUCAUGUGGCACCAACACUAAGUUUCACUCGUCCCGCAAAAUACAUGUACAGGUCUGUUGCCCAGUUUGGUGCAUGGGCCCUCGCUCGAGCUCAGAAACGUGGCAUCGAAAUUCUCGAUGACGACGAUAUAUCAGUCAUCUCUGAAUCUGGGUCCGAUAGCGAAUCCAAAGAAAACGCUCCCAAAACCCCAGAAACAGAAAAGUCAGACUUUCACUCGGAGCCUGGCCGAGUUGGAAAGGCUGGCGACCCUCUCCCGCCGUUCAAGAACCACAUGAUUCGUCAACGAGUCACUCGUCAUGGUGCUACCCUCCCACUGGCCCCUGAGGCUGAGUUGCCAGCAUGCUGUAUGGAACCUGCUUCAGUUGGAGUUGUAAAGGAGGGAACAGUUAAGAAAUGGCUGGCCAAGAAGGAACAGUGGGAUCAUAGAUAUGCAUCAAACAAGGCCAAGGUCCAUAAAAAGAUGGUGAGCGAUAUGGCCAUCGGCUACCAUGAUUAUGGUCCUGGCGAAUGCCCUCCUCCGACUGCAUUGGCUGGCCGACGGCGCGUUGAUUCAAAGCUGGUAGAAGGAAGCAAGAAACAACAGAAGAGCUGGGGUCUGGCAAUGUGGUCACUCUGGGGUUCUAAGCACGAUGAGAUGACAGUCGAACGAGAGAAGAAGGCAGCUGGACAGCCAGAAACAAGAGUUGCCACUGGUGCUGAGGGCGAAGGAGCUCGCUCCUUUGCUGAUAUCGAAGGACAAGAUAGAUCACGGUCACAGCCGAACCGAGCAAGAAGCCGAUCCCACACCAAGGUAGUCACCGACGAGAACCAGACGGGUAGCCAGCCCAUCACUGAGGAUAUGCCAGUUGCUCAUCUCAUAGAGCAGCGAAAGGAGCAAGAAGCUGCCAAGCCCAGUUUACUCAGUCCCGACUAUGCGCCGGAGACUGGUGUAGCUGGUAAGAGACCGUUUCUUGAUGGCAUCGCACUGCCGUUUAGUCUUAAUAAGGAUGCCGAGACGGCUAGUAUGAUGACGCUUCAGUCCAACGUCACACAACUUCCAGGCUCACGACCUAUGAGUCCAAGCUUUCAUGAUGAUGAUUCUACUCAGCCUUCUCAAUCAACGCAGCUUACUUCUCAAGAUGCACCAACUAUUGAGAUUGCAGGCAAGCGACCAUUCCUCGACGGUACAGCAGUCCCAUUCAGCCUUAAAAGGGAGGCAGACACUGCCAGUAUGAAGACCCUGCAGUCGAAUGUUACCGCCAUGCCCACCUCGAGGCCCAUGAGCCCAAAUAUUCAGAUUUCAGAACCAGUCGAGAAAAACCAGGAAAACGAAGUGGAAAAGGAGAAGAAUGGAAUAAACGACGAAGCUGGCUUGGUUGCCACGCCUUUAGAGCGACCUGGCUUAGACACAUUUGUCACGGCUCAGGAGGAGCUGCCCCGAGUCAAGAAAGAGGAGGAAUCAUAAAAAGGAGUUCUUUUUGGCGCAAGGUUGGAUACAGUCAAUUGUUCAGUUUUGUUCAAUCAGGAUAUCCCCGUGUCAAAGCACAAUCGUUAUCGUCAUUUUGUUUCGUUCGUAAGUAAUAUCCAUAGUCAACAUUUCACAGGAAAUAGGAGUGUUCAAG